GUUGAGGGAGCUGCUAAUGAGGAUGGGAGGAGCCCAAGUAUUUGGGAUACUUUCACUCAUGCAGCUCGAACUUUACAAAUGAGAUAAAAGGGGCCCAAUCAGGGAGAAUAUGAUAAUUGAAUAUCAAAAUGCAUGAUAUUUCUUCUUGUACUUCAAUACAAUGUGAAGACAAUUGAUUGAAUGUUGUAAUUCUAUGUGGAUUAAUAACUCUAACAGAGAAGACUUUCUCUUGUUAAGGGGAUAAUGGUGAGAUGUUGCUGAAUAUAUAAAUAAAAAUAUCAUUAUUCGACGGCUUAAGUUUUUUUUUAAGGUACAUGCAUGAUUAUUAUUCAGCAUUAUUUCACAUGUAUCAGAGUUGGAGGUCCCAAAUUUAUUUCUCGUAGAUUCGGGCUUCUUCCAUUUAUACAAUGUUGUCUUUAUUUCACCGAUGGAGAGGAAUGAAGUGGUUUUAGGUUGUAAAUGUCUACUUCCUUUGUCUGGUUUACCGUAACUUUACCUUCGAUUGAACGAAGCCAAUUACGAAAAAUAAAAACGAGAAAACAUAAUAAAAUAUUAACAUAUCUCUCACACCUCCAACUUUUUCUCGUUAUUCACAUCUUGCCAAACAAAUAGCAUAAUAGAAAACCUUCAGUUCCACGACUAUACGAAUUAACAAUGAAAAGAAAAUAAUUUUUACAUGAACUUUAAUCUAUCUGAAUAUGUAUUUCAAUCUGAACUUUACCUUCCAUAUUUGAUGAGCAAUUUGAACAUGACAAGGGGGGAUGCCAGAUAACAGUACAGGAGAUGUGGCUUCUGAUGGCUACCACAAAUACAAGGAAGAUGUGAAGUUGAUGGCAGAAACAGGACUAGAGGCCUACAGAUUCUCCAUUUCCUGGUCAAGACUCAUCCCAAAUGGGAGAGGAGAUGUUAACCCUAAAGGAGUGGAGUACUACAACAAUGUCAUUGAUGAGCUUGUAAAACAUGGAAUCGAGCCACAUGUUUCCCUCUACCAUUUGGAUCUUCCGCAAAUACUAGAAGAUGAGUAUGGAGGAUGGUUGAGCCCUAAGAUUGUGGACGAUUUCACGGCGUAUGCCGACGUCUGCUUUAAAGAAUUUGGCGACAGAGUUCGGCAUUGGACUACUCUCGUGGAGCCCAAUGUAAUCGGGAUGGCGUGUUACGACACCGGAAUUUGGCCGCCAAAUCGAUGUUCCUAUCCGUUUGGGUUGUUGAACUGCUCGAUCGGUGAUUCGACCGUUGAGCCAUAUAUUGCAGUUCACAACCUGUUAUUAGCACAUGCUUCAGCCGUCGAGCUAUACAGGACAAAGUACCAAGCUGUACAAAAUGGAUUAAUAGGCGUAAAUGUGUACACUUUUUGGUGCUAUCCAUUUUCGAAUUCUACGGCGGAUAAGGAAGCAACCAAAAGAACAAUUGAUUUCAAUGUGGGCUGGAUUUUGAAUCCUUUGGUUUUCGGAGACUACCCAAAAGUCAUGAAGACGAACGCCGGCUCGCGAAUUCCGUCCUUCACCAAGGCCCAAUCUAAAAAACUGCAGGGUUCAUUCGAUUUUAUCGGGAUAAAUCACUAUACUUCCGUUUUCGUCGUCGACACCUCUAACGGCACAGGAGAAGGCCCUCGUGACUUCAUGGCAGAUAUGUUCUCGGCGCUGACAGUUUCUAGGAACGCGACGCCUGGUCAGUUUGAUCCGAAUAAGAGAAUAGUCGAUCCGGACGGUUUGCAGCAUAUGCUAGAGUAUUUCAAGGAUGUCUAUGGAAACCCUCCUGUUUACAUCCAGGAAAAUGGGUAUGGAUACAAAAAUGAAACUCUCCACGACACGCCGAGGAUCGACUUCUUGAGCAGUUUCAUGAAAAGCACACUCAAUGCUAUCAGGAAUGGAGCAAAUGUGAGAGGAUACUUCGUGUGGUCGUUCAUCGAUGUUUUCGAGUUUUUGAGUGGGUAUGAAGCACCCUGCGGUCUCUACCAUGUCGAUUUUCAGGACGAGGAUCGUAAAAGGCGACCGAAGCUUUCCGCCAAAUGGUACUCCGAUUUCCUGAGAAAUAAUGGAACAAAUUUUCUAAAGACACCUUCUCCACAUACUACAUCCCGCGCGGAACAAUAGUUUGAUUGAAUGUAAAAAAGGCACCAUAGUUUGAAAUGCAUGCGGUCGAAAACGCGGCGUUUUAUAUAGUUAUCUGCCACAGCUAUAUUUCCAACUUGGGUGUAAUUUCAACUACAACAGUUACGCCACCUCAUGCAAUUCCAACUGUAACAGUUGGACACAAAUGUAGUGAUUCAAACACUUGUAUUUAGAUUUGCAUGCAAUUAAAACUACAAUACAAUAGUAAUUGCGCA